UGGUUUGUGUGUCACACUGCCGGACUAAGUUUUGAGGCAAUCGGGUCAAAUUCACCAGGUAUCGUACUUUCUGGAUUAUUAUCCAGGUGUGCCGCCAACCUGUUUGACCCCCUGCUUCUAGUUACUUCUUUAUAGUAAGUGAACAGGUGUACACACACACACACACACACACAAAAACAAAAGUGGAUUUAAGUGUCGGCGUCACCCAGCACACGGUCAGGAGGGGGGAAACGGGGUCGCAACUACCUGCCAGGAUGACGGACACUCGCCGACGAGUCAAAGUCUAUACCCUCAAUGAGGACAGACAGUGGGACGACCGUGGGACCGGACACGUCUCCUCGGGCUACGUGGAGCGUUUGAAAGGCACGUCCCUCCUGGUGCGAGCAGAGAGUGAUGGUUCCCUACUGCUGGAGUCCAAAAUCAAUCCAACCACAGCCUACCAGAAACAACAGGAUACAUUGAUAGUGUGGUCCGAGGCGGAGAAUUAUGACCUGGCACUCAGCUUCCAGGAGAAGGCUGGCUGUGAUGAAAUCUGGGAGAAAAUAUGCCAGGUGCAGGGUAAGGACCCGUCAGUGGAUAUCACCCAGGAUGUGGUCGAUGAGUCUGAGGAUGAGCGCUUUGAGGACAUGUCAUCCCCUGGUCUGGAAUUACCGCCAUGUGAACUGAACCGCUUGGAGGAUCUGGCUGAACUGGUGGCCUCAUCACUCCCAUCACCACUGCGGCGCGAGAAGCUGGCUCUUGCUGUGGAGAAUGAGGGCUACAUUCGCAAGCUCCUGGAACUGUUUCAUGUGUGUGAGGAUUUGGAGAACAGUGAGGGACUGCACCACCUGUACGAAAUAAUUAAAGGCAUCUUCCUGCUCAAUCGCACGGCACUCUUUGAGGUUAUGUUCUCUGAAGAGUGCAUUAUGGACGUCAUUGGUUGUCUGGAGUUUGACCCAGCACUCCCACAGCCAAGGCGGCACCGGGAGUUUCUAACUAAGACCGCCCGCUUCAAAGAGGUGAUCCCCAUCUCUGAUCCUGAACUGCGUCAAAAAAUACACCAGACGUAUCGUGUGCAGUAUAUUCAGGAUAUGGUGCUGCCCACGCCCUCAGUUUUUGAGGAAAACAUGCUGUCCACCCUGCACUCCUUCAUCUUCUUUAACAAGGUGGAGAUUGUGGGCAUGCUACAGGAUGAUGAGAAGUUCCUGACAGACCUCUUUGCACAGCUCACAGAUGAGGCCACAGACGACGAUAAAAGACACGAACUGGUGAACUUCCUAAAAGAAUUCUGUGCAUUCUCCCAAACGUUACAACCUCAAAACAGAGACGCCUUCUUCAAGACGUUGUCGAACAUGGGCAUUCUACCGGCACUAGAGGUCAUACUGGGAAUGGAUGACGUUCAGGUGCGUGGGGCAGCCACAGAUAUUUUCUCUUAUCUGGUGGAGUACAACCCCUCCAUGGUACGAGAGUUCGUCAUGCAAGAGUCUCAGCAGAAUGAUGAUGACAUCCUCCUGAUCAACCUGAUCAUAGAACACAUGAUCUGUGAUACAGACCCAGAGCUAGGUGGAGCGGUGCAGCUGAUGGGUCUGCUACGGACUCUGGUGGACCCUGAGAACAUGCUGGCUACUGCAAAUAAAACAGAAAAGACAGAGUUCCUGAGCUUUUUCUACAAGCACUGUAUGCACGUCCUGUCUGCUCCUCUGCUGGCCAACACCACGGAGGAGAAGCCCAGCAAAGAUGAUUUUCAAACAUCCCAGUUGCUGGCCUUGAUUUUGGAGCUGCUGACAUUCUGUGUUGAGCAUCACACCUAUCACAUCAAGAACUACAUCAUCAACAAGGACAUCCUCAGGAGGGUACUGGUGCUCACGGCCUCUCAGCACGCCUUCCUGGCACUAUGUGCCCUGCGCUUCAUGCGGAGGAUCAUUGGUCUGAAGGAUGAGUUCUACAAUCGUUACAUCAUGAGAAAUUUCCUCUUUGAGCCUGUAAUCAAGGCCUUCCUCAAUAACGGCUCACGCUACAAUCUCAUGAAUUCAGCCAUCAUUGAGAUGUUUGAGUAUGUCCGUGUGGAGGAUGUGAAGUCUCUCACAGCUCAUAUAGUAGAGAAUUACUGGAAGGCCCUGGAGGAUGUGGACUACGUCCAAACAUUCAAGGGCCUCAAGCUGCGGUAUGAGCAACAGCGAGAGAGGCAAGACAACCCCAAACUGGAUAGCAUGCGCUCCAUUCUGAGGAAUCACCGCUUCCGUCGUGAUGCACGGACACUGGAGGACGAGGAGGAGAUGUGGUUCAACACAGAUGAGGAUGACAUGGAGGACGGUGAAGCAGUGGUUCCACCUUCUGACAAGAUGAAGACAGAGGAAGACCUCAUGGAACCUAUAAGCAAGUUCAUGGAAAGAAAGAAAUUGAAAGACACGGACGACAAAGAGGUACUGGGGAAGUCGAGCUUAUCAGGCAGACAGAACCCCAGCUUCAAGCUCGCCUUCUCCGGCUCCACUAAAACCAGCCUGUCCAGCCCCCCGUCGUCUGCCUCAUUGAACCCAGGUUCGCCAGGAUCACCAGGUUCUCCAGGCUCAGGGGCGCGGAGCUCCCCAUCCACUGCAACUGUAACCACAAAGGGAGGUUUAGUAGGACUUGUGGACUACCCCGAUGAUGAUGAUGAUGAGGAGGACGAAGAUGAGGAGGACGGAGAGACUAAAGAGGACCCUCUGCCACCUUCCAAGAAGUCCAAACUGAGCUCCUAAAGAAGCUUCACUGUCUCAGCUUGUGCUUUGUUCAGACAGUUUCAGCUCAUAGACUCAGCACAGGAAUGAUCAAACUUGUAAACAAAUUGAAUGAAUGAAUGAAAGCCACCGCUCAUCCUCAGCUGGUGGCCAAAAGAGGAGCAGACUGAACGGAUACGAAGCCUCCUCGGACUAGCCCACUUUAUACAAGUGCCAAUCAGGAAACCAGGAACGACAAAUCGUCUGAAGGGCGAGACAGGACGUGUGAAAGUCGGGGGAGAAAAGAUCACACUUGAAACAUCGUCAGCAGACUCAGUAUGAGACAGGAUGGUAACUUAGCAACUGGAGAAAAACACCACAAACAUAAACACAACGCAGACUGAAUUCCAAGAGAGCUUGCGGGCUCGGACCAUAACCCAUUGCCCCUUGCCCCCCCACUCAGGGAAGGACAUCACAGCGGCCCAAGCGGGUCGGCCAAUUCAGACCCAGAACCACCACUCGCACCCCCUCCUCGGAGUUCACCUUCCUCCUUGUUUCUUUCUCCUUCUUUACUCCUCUGCUCUUCCUCCCUCUCUUUGUCGAUUGUUUUUCGUCCCUCGAUUUUUUUUAUUUAGUAUAUAGGACCAGACGGGAGGCAGCAUGUGGCAAAGAGCUGUCCUUGUUGUCGUUUGAUGAUGUCAUCAGUGUCGUCGUUUCCUCAGCGGAGGUUCUUUCUCUGAAGAGAAAAAAAAAGCCAGCAGUUUCUUCAUUACUUUCUUUUUGUUCUCUAUUUGUCUCUCAAUCUUUCUCCUGUUUUUUGUAAAUGACAACAAAAGAGACCUGCCUUUAAAUGUUCAGGACGUUUUCAGUCACACUUGAACAGGUUUUUAACGACCUCAGUAGGUGAGCUAGUUUUACCCUUUGCCCUUUGAAACUGCAGAUUUUUUGGAGAAUUUGUAAUCCCGUCUUGAUUAAAGAUUGAGUGGAAUUCUAGAUGUGAUGAAUUUUGUCAUAUCUUCUCAUUUUUUUCCUUUUACAUGAGUGUACACUUAGUUGUUCAGAAUAUUUGGGACCAUUAAAAUGAUCUUUGCUGUAA